AAUAAAGAAAAGUAAAAAAAGAACGAGGAGUGGGUGGGAAUUUUCAAAAUCUAUAAAUUCGGCAAAUUGAGAAAAAAAAUGGGAUUGGCAGAGCGGACGGAUUGAUAAUUUAUGUUACAGUUGGUCUUCCAUAGUUGAGUUGAUUCACGCCCUUCUCAGAAAAGUGAAAUAAGUCAGAAAUCGUUUCGGGAUCUUUCAAAGUUGUUACAAAAGGGGGUAAAGAAUACAAAAAAAAAAAAAAACGAACGAAAAAAGGGGACACAAAGGACCUGGGCUGGCUGUAAACUUAUCCACAAAACGAUACAAAUACAUCUUCGUCGCACUCACACACACACACACACACACACACUCUUUCUUUCUUUCUUUCUUUUUCUUCUUUCUUUCUUCUUCCUUCCUUCCUUCCUCCCUUCCUUUCUGUGUACCCUGUCGAAGCAGACAGUCAGUUGGAGCAAAUAGUAACGGUGGAGUACCCGACACAAUGAAUUAACGGGAAAAUACGAUUCAAGAGCUGUAUUUAUCAAUGACCAAAGCGAAGUAACUAUUAUUAUUAUUAUUAUUGCUUUUUCUCCCCUGACACCUACACAAAGCCUGAAACUUUUAGAAUCGAGGCCUACAGUCGAUGAAAAUCGAUCCAACUGUGCAGUUUACCGCCAGUUCAUUUGAUCGAUCCUAGAACGGAUAAUAUUGAUUUGUGCGAAAACAGAGGCCCAGAGCCUUUCUCUUUUUUUUUUUUAUUUAGUAUAUUUUCGUUUAAAAACAAUAUACAAGGGAAUGAUAUCGGUUUCUUUAAUGGACCACAACAGGUUCUCACGAAAAAUACGUGUGUUCUUCUGUUAUCGGAUUUAUCAAAAGAAGUGGUUUAAGCCUCUUCCUUUUGGCUCCUGGUUGCAGUUGUAAUCCAGUGUGUGAAUAUUUAGUAAGAAUUUUCCAAAACUUUCAUGGAAUUGGUGAUGACAUAAGGACGUAGAAAGUGGUAGUGGUGGUGGUGGUGGUACUGACACCCAAUUUCAAACAGUAAAUAAAUCCCUCUGGACAGCACAAUGAACGUGUCAGAAUGUAUCGACCUGAAUUCCAACGCCACUUCCUCCAAGAGCCCAUGGAAUUUGCCAGUAACUGUGAUUCUCUCUAUAGUGUCUAUCAUACUCAUGGUUUGUAUAAUCGUGGGAAACUUUCUCGUGAUCACAGUCAUCCUACGACACAAAGGGAUGCGCACCAGGACGAAUCUGUUCCUGCUCAACUUAGCCAUAGCAGACUUGCUUGUAGGAAUGCUAAUGGCACCGUUUACCCUUAUUACAAUCAUCUCUGGUCGGUGGAUCUUUGGAGAGCGGUUUUGCAAUGUGAACGGCUUCAUGAAUGCGCUGUGCUACAUAACUUCUUGUCACACACUCAUGUACAUUAGUGUACACAAGUACUUUUCUAUCACACGCCCAUUCAGCCGGUUCAUCACCAUCUCACGCAUUUUCAUAAUGGUGAUUGCUGCCUGGACCUGGGCAAUAUUUUGUGCCACAAUGACAAUCACCGGACUGACGAGCGUCUGCUUCAAAUAUGGUACUUCGCAAUGCGGUCCUCUCUACCCCAACGACAAGGAAAGCUAUAUCCACCAUACGAUUAUUCAAGUGACAGUUAUUUUAAUUCCGCUUUCUGUUAUGGGAUUUACCUACAUCAGCAUGUACCGCGAGAUACGUGCGCAUACAAAGCGUCUACAACAGAACACCCGACUAAGGAAAGAUACCAUUUUAGCUCAACAGAAGAAAGUGAUCUUCACACUGUUUAUUGUGCUCGCCUGUUUCAUCCUUUGUUGGAUGCCUUACCAUAUAUAUUCCAUGUAUGUCUCGCUCAAUAAGGCUACGGGGAACUUUAACACCAUCAUGAACCCAAUAGUCUACUUGUUUGCUUACCUGAACAGUGCUUGCAACCCAAUCAUCUAUGCCCUUCGAAGUGAAGCAUUCCGCAAAGGUUACCAAGAGAUACUGUGCAUGAAGAAAGAAGUAAUAUUUAGUGAGGGGAUGCUGCGGAAAAAUUCCCUCUCUGCCAACAGUAAGGUCAACAUACCCGAUGCCGUUAGGCAGGAAGAUAUCCCUGUGGAAGCUAACCGCAGUUUCUCCAUUCCCUACUUAUGGACACGUGGUAUUGGACUUGAUACGAUCCAUGAAAAUUCCUCACCGCACAUGUUCCGCCUUUUUAAUUCGCUUAAAACUGCAGGGAACGGAAGCAAGCCACGUCAAGGUUCCGUUGCAAGUAUUCAGUCAAUCAACAGCAUCCCUGUUAAUCAAAUAAACUUUAAAGGUAGCUCCGUCAUUAAAAAGGAUGGUUCCGUAGUCAUUAUGAAAGACGGCAAAAUCGUGUGUGUACGUCAAAACCCUAGCCAUAAAAAACUGUCCGACAGUUCGAAUUCUUCAAGUUUUGAAGAGAAAAGACCCUCCCUUGCAAGCAUCCCCAGUGGUUCGGCAUUCAAGUUCAACAUCGGAGAUUUCUCGACUCUGGAUGAAUAUUCUGAAGAAAUCGAUGAUUCCGACUCUUUAAAUACAUCUGACUCCUACGGCCAAUUGAAAGACGCGCAACAUAACAAAAAAUUCUCUUUAGAUAGCAUCGGCGAAAAUGAAAGUGAGGAUCAAGUUUUCAUCUGUCCUGACGCUGAACAAGACUCUUACAGGGAAAGUUCUGGAAGGCAAAGACUGAGAUUUAAUAUAGAUGAAGAUAUGUCUCAAACAAAUCAUGAUGGAGGCGAUAGAGAUAGUGGGAGCUUAAGGGAGGCCAUAUCCCAGUCUUUAAGUUCAGAGAACACAGCACCUGACAGCACAACUUCCAACGGUUAUCUCCAUUAACAAAAAAUACCCCCCCCCCAAAAAAAUGCCAAAAAAAUUUUAAACUGUUAUUAUUGUGUUAUUGUGUGUCUUAAUUUAUCCAAAACUGUAAACAGCCAUGAAGAAAAGAAAGAAAGACCAAAAAAAAAAGAAA